AGGGUUGAAUUCAAGAGUCUAUCUGGAUGUGAUAGGGAAGCAAUUGCUUCUUCUACCUUGGAUCUUUGUAUAUUUCCCUGAGAAUAUUCCUGGAGGAGUGGAAGCCGGAAUGUCAGAGCUACAGUAACUUUGGAAUUGCUGCACUGCAGCAUGCCGUCUGUCAUCUGUCUCUAUCUGUGUUCAAAGUCCCUCUUAGGAUUUGGAGAACAAUCAACCAUGACGACUGAAUCAGGAUCAGACUCAGAAUCCAAGCCGGAGCAGGAGGCUGAGCCCCAAGAGGCAGCAGGUCCGCAGGGGCGUGCAGGGGCCCAGUCAGCUCCAGAGCCCAGCAGUGAGGAGCAACAACAGGUCCUCGAACAGUUUGAAGCUGCUGCAGCACACAGCACCCCCGUGAGGAAGGAGGUCACUGACAAGGAACGAGAGUUUGCUGCUGGAGUUGCAAAACAGCUUGAAUAUCAGCAAUUGGAAGACGAUAAACUUUCUCAGAAAUCAUCUAGCAGUAAACUCUCUCGAUCUCCAUUAAAGAUUGUUAAAAAGCCUAAAAGCAUGCAGUGCAAAGUGGUACUACUAGAUGGAUCAGAAUAUACCUGUGAUGUGGAGAAACGCUCCAGAGGCCAAGUGCUAUUUGAUAAAGUAUGUGAACAUCUGAACUUACUAGAAAAAGACUACUUUGGACUUACAUAUCGGGAUGCUGAAAACCAGAAGGUGUUAAAAAAUUUUCUAAGGCCUGGUUCUAAUUUUUCUCUCAUCUCUGCAGGUGGUGCUUGGCACUUUUCAUUUAAUGUGAAAUUUUACCCACCAGACCCCGCCCAGCUAUCUGAAGAUAUCACCAGGUACUACCUCUGCUUACAGCUGCGAGACGACAUUGUGUCUGGAAGGCUGCCCUGCUCCUUCGUCACCCUCGCGCUGCUGGGCUCCUACACUGUUCAGUCAGAACUUGGAGACUAUGACCCAGAUGAAUGUGGUAAUGACUACAUUAGCGAGUUCCGAUUUGCACCAAACCACACGAAGGAGCUGGAAGACAAAGUGAUCGAGCUGCACAAGAGCCACAGAGGAAUGACACCAGCAGAAGCAGAGAUGCAUUUCUUGGAAAAUGCCAAAAAACUCUCCAUGUACGGGGUAGAUUUACAUCAUGCCAAGGAUUCUGAAGGAGUAGAAAUUAUGCUAGGAGUUUGUGCAAGUGGUCUGUUGAUAUAUCGUGAUCGGCUGCGAAUCAACAGAUUUGCCUGGCCUAAGGUUCUAAAAAUUUCAUACAAACGGAAUAACUUUUACAUUAAGAUCCGGCCAGGAGAGUUUGAACAAUUUGAAAGUACCAUUGGGUUUAAGUUGCCAAACCAUCGAGCUGCCAAGCGUCUAUGGAAAGUAUGUGUGGAACACCAUACAUUUUUCAGACUCUUAUUACCAGAAGCACCGCCAAAGAAAUUCCUUACCUUGGGCUCCAAGUUUCGUUAUAGUGGCAGAACACAAGCCCAAACAAGGAGAGCCAGCGCGUUGAUAGACCGUCCAGCCCCUUACUUUGAACGCUCAUCCAGCAAACGUUACACUAUGUCCCGGAGCUUGGAUGGAGAGGUUGGUACUGGCCAGUACGCCACAACAAAGGGCAUCUCUCAGACUAACUUGAUCACCACUGUGACUCCGGAGAAAAAGGCUGAGGAAGAGCGAGACGAGGAAGAGGACAGAAGGAAAAAGGUGGAGGAAGCAACGCCUGUGGCAGCGAUCCGGACCGAGGGAAAGUCACCUGGGCUUGGCACUGACUCAUGUCCCCUGUCCUCCCCAUCAGCUCAUUGUGUCCCUGCAUCUCCCACAGAGCUCCGUCGGAGGUGUAAGGAGAAUACCCACCAGCCAUUGGGGUGCGAGCCGGUCAGAGACCCCGUGCACACACACGGAGAGCUCGCCCUGGACUCUGAGGGCAAAGGGAAACCUUACCUAGGGGACCAAGAUGUGGCUUUUAGCUACAAACAGAAAACUGGCAAAGGCGCUACCCUGUUUUCUUUCUCCUUGCAGCUCCCCGAGUCAUUCCCUUCUCUUCUAGAUGAUGACGGGUACCUCUCUUUUCCCAACCUGUCUGAGACCAACCUCCUCCCCCAGAGCCUGCAGCAUUACCUCCCGAUCCGCUCCCCCUCCCUCGUGCCUUGCUUCCUCUUCAUCUUUUUCUUUCUGCUCUCCGCCUCCUUCUCAGUGCCAUAUGCCCUCACUCUCUCCUUCCCUCUGGCUAUGUGCCUCUGCUACCUGGAGCCCAAGGCGGCCUCCUUGAGUGCCUCACUAGACAAUGACCCGAGUGACAGUUCAGAGGAAGAGACCGACAGUGAGCGGACAGACACUGCAGCUGACGGGGAAACCACCGCCACUGAGUCGGACCAGGAGGAAGAUGCAGAGCUCAAGGCACAGGAGCUAGAUAAAACUCAAGAUGACCUGAUGAAACAUCAAACCAACAUUAGUGAGCUGAAAAGAACCUUUUUAGAAACCUCCACAGACACUGCCAUCACGAAUGAAUGGGAAAAGAGGCUUUCUACCUCCCCGGUGCGGCUAGCUGCCAGGCAGGAGGACGCGCCUAUGAUUGAGCCACUUGUACCUGAAGAGACCAAAGAAGAAAGAGAGAUUUCUGAAAAGGUUAUAGUUUUGCAGCAAGGAAGCUCUCCAUUGCUUGAGUCUCAGCCGAGUAUCAUAAAGAGAAUGCAGGAAGGAGACUCUGCGGGCUCUGAUGUUCUCUCUCAUCAAAUAAUUUUCCAGAAAACUGUCCCAUCGACCUUAGAGGGCACAGAGGAUUGGGUUAUUGUAGACAAAAUACCCACUGAGGUAGUUGAUGGUGAUUCGAAAAAGAUUGUGACUUACAAGGUGGUGACCAUGAGCAGUAGAACUGGUGACAUCCCCACCGACCUGCUAAGUUCUGAGGCCAUUGAAAUGCAGAGCUUUGAUGACUUGACCCGAGAAAUGCAAUUGAAGGAAGAAAACAAACACAAAAUAUACACUGUAGGAAGAUCCUAUGAUACCGUAUCUGGAAAAAUUGUUACUAUGACUGGAAAAGCCAAAGAGGGGGAGAAGGUAAUAGAAUCUUCCCCAGUGGACACUUUCCAGAAAAUGGAGAGAGGACUGUCGGAACCUGGCAAGUUUAUUCCCGUCAUGUCAGAGUACGAAGUCCUGGAGGCCAUAUCUGAUGAGAAGGCCAGGAGAGGAGAGGCCCACACUCCCAAGAGGAAGGUGUCGGAAUGCCUGGCUCCCAUAAAGGAGGCCGAGUCCCGCCGACAGAGUCCAGAUGACGACGACCUCAGGAAAGCCCACAUGCUGGCCAGGGAGACGACUUUCUUCACAGGCCUGGAGAACCUGCGGUUCAGCAAAUCCGAGCACGCACUAGAGAGUGAAGCCUUAAAAGUGGGGCCCUUUGGUCCCAGAAAGAAGAGUCUGUCUGAGUGGAGGUACUCCCAGGACCCGGCCCCCACCGUCGCCACUGCCCAUUACGUUUCCGAGUCGUCCACUUCCCGAGUCGUGACUAAACAGUCUACUGGUGAAAAACUCAUGGAUGGCUCUGAAAUCUUCAGUUUAUUAGAAUCUGCGAGAAAACCAACAGAAUUCAUAGGAGGGGUUACUACUUCUUCUCAAAGCUGGGUUCAGAAAAUAGAAAGCAAGACGGAAACCAGCAAAAUAGAAACCGAAACAAGCCAGCACCCCCAGCCAGUUAGUGAGGAGAAGGUUGUGCAGGAAACUGUGUUGGUGGAAGAGAGGCAUGGAACGAAUAUGCAUGCGAGUGGGGACGCUUCUUACGCAGCAGGAGAUGACACGGAUGCUGCAGCACAGGCAGCGUCAGCUGAUGCUUCUAGUGUUAAAGGGAAGGAGGGCGCUGCUCUGACUGAUGGGGCUAAGGAGGAAAAAGGGGAGGUGGCCGGCAAAGCUGUACUGAAGCCGGAAGAAAUGGCCACUGCAUCCCAUAAACCAGAGGAGGAGCAGAGUGCAGCAAACCGAGUUUCUGAAACUUUGGAACAAAAGCCUCAUUUUGAGUCAACAACUGUGAAGACAGAAACCAUGAGUUUUGGCACCGUUUCACCAGGAGGAGUAAAGCUAGAUAUUUCUACCAAGGAACUGCCGGUAGUUCAUACAGAAACAAAAACCAUCACAUAUGAAUCAUCACAGGUCGAUCCUGGUGCUGAUUUGGAGCCAGGCGUGCUAAUGAGUGCACAGACGAUCACAUCUGAAACCACCAGCACUACCACCACCACCCACAUCACCAAAACUGUGAAAGGAGGCAUUUCAGAGACGAGAAUUGAGAAGCGAAUAGUGAUCACAGGAGAUGCGGACAUUGACCACGACCAGGCGCUGGCUCAGGCAAUUAAAGAGGCCAAAGAGCAGCACCCUGACAUGUCAGUGACCAAAGUAGUGGUCCAUAAAGAGACUGAGAUCACACCAGAAGAUGGAGAGGAUUGACCCAGGAAUAAUUUAGCCUGCACAUGAAUCCAGUCAUGCAAAUCACUAGAAAACCAGAGCCUAUAUGGAAUUCCCUCUUCUAACCCGACUGACUUGUAUCUGCCGGUGGAAAAUUUCAAUCAGGAAGAA